CGCCUGCGCGGAGAAGCCCCGCCCCGCCCCCGGGCUAUGUAAAGCGGCCUGGCGCGCGGUCGGGCCCCCGCUGAGCUCCGUGUCCCUCCGCGCAGGCGGGCGGCCCCGGAGAGCUAGUGCCUGCCGAGGCGGCCGCGGCGGCGCCCCCCUCAUCAUGAACAGAAGCUUCUCCCGAAAGAGCCACACGUUCCUGCCCAAGAUCUUCUUCCGCAAAAUGUCCUCCUCAGGGGCCAAGGACAAGCCUGAGCUGCAGUUUCCUUUCCUGCAGGAUGAGGAGACCGUGGCCACGCUGCAGGAGUGCAAGACCCUCUUCAUCCUGCGCGGCCUGCCCGGGAGCGGCAAGUCCACCCUGGCGCGGGUCAUCGUGGACAGGUACCGGGACGGCACCAAGAUGGUGUCCGCCGACGCCUACAAGAUUACCCCCGGGGGCCGAGGAGACUUCUCGGAGGAGUACAAGCGGCUGGACGAGGACCUGGCCGCCUACUGCCGCCGGGACGUGCGCGUCCUGGUGCUGGAUGACACCAACCACGAGCGGGAGCGGCUGGAGCAGCUCUUUGAAUUGGCCGACCAGUACCAGUACCAGGUGGUGCUGGUGGAGCCCAAGACGGCGUGGCGGCUGGACUGCGCCCAGCUCAAGGAGAAGAACCAGUGGCAGCUGUCGGCCGACGAGCUCAAGAAGCUGAAGCCGGCGCUGGAGAAGGACUUCCUGCCGCUCUACUUCGGCUGGUUCCUGACCAAGAAGAGUUCCGAGAGCCUCCGCAAAGCCGGCCAGGCCUUCCUGGAGGAGCUGAGCAACCACAAGGCCUUCAAGAAGGAGCUGCGACACUUUGUCUCUGGGGAUGAGCCCAGGGAGAAGAUCGAACUGGUCACCUACUUCGGGAAGAGACCCCCAGGUGUGCUGCACUGCACAACCAAGUUCUGUGACUACGGGAAGGCUGCGGGGGCAGACGAGUAUGCCCAGCAGGAUGUGAGUGCUCUCCGGGGACGCCCGGCUGAGGUCGUGAAGAAGUCUUACUGCAAGGCCUUCACGCUGACCAUUACUGCCCUCUUCGUGACGCCCAAGACUACGGGAGCCCGGGUGGAGCUGAGCGAGCAGGAGCUGCCGUUGUGGCCAAAUGACGUGGACAAGCUGUCCCCCUCUGACAGCCUGCCCCGGGGGAGCCGGGCUCACAUCACCCUUGGCUGCGCGGGUGACGUGGAGCCCGUGCAGACGGGCAUUGACCUCCUGGAGAUUGUGCGGCAGGAGAAGGGGGGCAGCCGAGGCGAGGAGGUGGGUGAGCUCAACAGGGGCAAACUCUACUCCUUGGGCAAUGGGCGUUGGCUGUUGAGCCUGGCCAAGAAGCUGGAGGUCAGGGCCAUCUUCACGGGAUACUACGGGAAGGGCAAACCUGUGCCCACACACGGCAGCCGCAAGGGGGGCACCUUGCAGUCCUGCACCAUCAUUUGAGCGUUCUUGCCACCGUCAGCCCCGCCCCGCUCCUAGGAAGGGAAAGGGGGGGCAGAGGAAAGCAUGCCUUCUGCCUGAUCUUUAAGAUUUUUUUUUACUCAGUUAACCUUUCUGUAACUUUUUAAAACCUUGUAAAGUAACUUUUCCUGCCCUCCCUUGUCCCCUCUAACACCCAAGCUUUCACCACAAGACGGGGUGUGGGGAGCGCCGUUCAGGAACCCAGAGCAAAGCCGCAGCCGCAACCCCAAACCCUGCCGCCUGUCCCGGGUCCCCUGCCCCGAGCCAGCCAGCGGGGGAGACGCCCCAGAGCUGCAUGUCCCCACAGGGUGGUCACGGCAGCCACAGGAAACUAGCCAUGGAUUUGAGAGGGUGGGGGAAUCCCUGGGCUUUGACCCUGAGUCUUAAUCAUUGCAGCCCCAUGACGUAGGCUGGGGCUUUUUACCAGGGUACAAAAGGGGCUUUAAGUCCCACCUUUGGCCCUAAGUGCCUGUCCCCUCCUCCUUUACAGUGUGACUAGGGAACUUUGGACAGCCACCUCCAAACUGGCUGCAGGUCUCGCCCCAGGAAGGGGGUGGGCUGGCCAACCUUUCCGGCGGUGUGGCUCUGCUGCGGGGAUGAGGAGACUGAAGCCAGAGCAAGUGCCAUCUGCCCAGUCCAGCUUGUCUCCUUGGUGCCUCCCCUCCAGGGGGUCAGUCGGUGGGAACCAAGGGCCAACGGAGCGGACCCCUGGCUGGUCAGGGCCAAGCCCCAGCUGGUGCCUCUGAGAAGGGGUUUUUAACAUUGGUACGUGUGCUGUGGUUCCUGGGGUGCCCUCUGCUGCCCCCCUGCUCAGUAACAGGGCCUCGCUAAUCGGGUUGUCACUGGAUGAAAGUGCUGGAGAUUUAAGUUACUAUCCUGGCUUUGCCCGACCUCAGUGACUUGUAAGACUGACCGUGAAAUAAACCGUGUUAAUCCUG